AGAGUUGACCUAGUGUACCAAAACCUAGGCAACUGGUCAACUUCUUACUACAAUGUCCCAAACUACACGCACGUGGCCCCCGUCGUAGGCCUCCUGGACCUACGACUCCGCGGGCUCCACGAGCGGGAGGCUCGUGGGGCUCCGCAUGCUGGGUGGCGGCAACAUCACCGUCCGCUUUUACAAUGUUUCGCUUGGGCAAUACGACGAUGUCGCCGCCCUGCGGUGCGUGAGGUUCGCCGCCAACGGCACCUUGCAGCUCAGCAACGUGACGGGCGGUGGCGGCAGCGACGGGAGCGAGAGGUCGUGCGCGGGGCGGAGCGACGGCCAUUUCUCGAUCGUCGCUCCGAGGGCGAGGGAGACGGCGGGGACGACGGCGGUGAAGUGGUGGAUGAUCGGCGCCCCCGGUGGUGCCGCGGCGGUGGUAGUGAUCGCCGCCGCCGGAAUUUUGUGGUGGAGAAUUUGUCGGUGGAGGAAAAUGGAGAGAAUAGCUGAGAGAAGUGAAGGUUUGAGUUCAAUUUGGAUUGGAAAUAGCAGAAUGCCUACAGCUACAGGUAUCAGAACACAACCAAAUCUUGAAAAUAGCUAUAUUCCAUAAUUCAUUAAUUUCUAUCUUUUUUUUUUUUCUUUUUUUCUUUUUGGCUUCCAUACUAUUUCAAUUUUUUGGGUUCUUUUGUAAGUGAAUAUACAUGAUUUUCCAUGUUUUUUUAAAUUGAAAUUGAAUUAAAUUUUGUAGUUUUUGAAUUA